CGCACCGCCCCGGCCGAAGCAGGAGGUCCGGGUAAAGGGACCGCGGGUCUCCCCUGCCAAGCCCGCCCCGCGAGCACGUCGCCCGCCCCCUCCCACUCCGAGCCGAGCGGAGUCGAGCCGAGCCGAGUGGAGCCGAGCCGGGCCGAACCGACUGGGGGCCGCGACGAUGGCGUAGCGCUGCUGAUGGGACAGGGCCCGGGACGGGGCCCCGGACCGACGGGGGGGCCCCCGAUGGCCAGCCGGCGCUGGUGCCGGGGCGGCCCUGGGAGCGGCCCCCGGGCCCUUUUGGUCCUCGUCGUGCUGCUCAUGGCGCCGGGGCCGGGCGCCGCCACCCACAAGAAGCUCAUCCGCAUUGACGGUGACAUCAUCCUGGGCGGCAUCUUCCCCAUGCACGAACACGAGCACAAGACGGGCGGCUGCGGCGCCGUCAAGGAGGAGAAGGGCGUCCAGAGGCUGGAGGCCAUGCUGUACGCCCUGGACGCCAUCAACGCCGACUCGACCAUCCUGCCCAACGUCAGCCUGGGCGCCGUCAUCCUUGAUUCGUGCUCUUAUGCGCCCUACGCCCUGGAGCAGUCCAUGGAGUUCGUACGCAACUUCAUGAACCCGGUAAGGCUACCCGGCGGCACUGUCCCCUCGUCCCCUUCGCCAGACCGGCUCCAGCGACAGUCGGGCGGACGGCAACUUUUUCCUGUUAUUUGUUUCGCGCCGUAG